UUAAGAUCCAGCCAUGGGCUGCUCACACACACAAGCUACAGGCACUAGGACACAGUGUUGUUUGAAUUGGAUAACUGCAGGUUUCGUGUUUGCUCUGAGUGUUUGAGAUGGAAAAGAGCCGGGACCAAGUGCAGAAAAAGCCAUUGCGUCUCAUCGCAGCAGCCUGUAAUGGCAUGGGGAUCGGCAAGGACGGAAAAGUGCCCUGGUGUUUACCACGUGAAUUCCAGUACUUUCUAGACUCCAUCACUAGGGUGUCAAGACCAGGGAAGUUGAAUUUGUUAAUAUGGGGCAAGGUUUGCUGGUUUUCCAACCCGGAGCUUUUUCCGUUAUCUAAUGUUCUGCAUGUGGUGGUGAGCACCAAAUUAACCACGACUCCUGAUCACGCCCACUUCGUUACGUCAGACUUUGAGAGUGCAGUGAACUUGGCGUCUGAGCGUCCACUUGCUGACCUAAUAGAAACCGUCUGGGUGAUUGGGGGAAGACAGAUGUAUGAGGAGGGCAUGAAGCAUCCAUGGUGUGACCUGGUUUACCUGACUGAUAUCAUGGCUGACUUUGACUGUGAUGUUUUCUUCCCUGAGCUUGACCGGAAACUGUUUGUUCUUCAAAACAGAUUUCCUGAUGUAGCAUGUGACAUCCAAGAGGAGAAUGGCAUCAAGUAUAAAUUCCAAGUGUUUAAGAAGGAGGUGGAUAAUGUGUAGACUUGAGUCAAGUCAAGUCCAUUUUAUAUGUAGUGCCUUGAUUCACAAAUCACAUUUGUGUUGUUAGACUUGGCAAUUUUAAAUAAAGAUUGAAAUUAUAUAAA